GGAAGGAUGGGAUUAGCAGCAAUUAAGCAAAUACAAUGGGAUUUACCAUAGGGGUGUGCAUAACGGUAAACCAAAUUACGUGGGCUAACAUUUAACAAUAAAACGCAUCAAUCAUAAAAAAAGUUAGUUGCCAGAUAUAAAGCUUUCUUUGGCUAAUUCAUGUGCGGGAUUCUCUUUGCACUAUCACCAGGUGGGAUUGACGGACUCUCAUCUUCGUUUGUACCAUGUGUUCGUGAGCGCAUACGUGCUCGAGGUCCUGACGCGUUUGGCAAGUUUCAACACGAAGUCGCAGGUUGGAAUUUAGAAUAUGAAUCUAGCGUCUUACAUUUGAGAGGACCAUGUGAAAGUCCAACAAUUCAGCCACACGUGGAUGACGAUGGUAAUGUUCUAUGUUGGAACGGUGAAAUAUGGCAGAUGGGCGGUGAAGCAGGAUUCGAUUCUUUGCAGUGUUGCAAUGAGAAUGAUGGCUCCAAGCUUUUUAGAAUAUUAAAAGAAAAUGAUGAAGAUGUUGAAAGUGUCCUACGCUUAAUUCAAGGUCCUUUUGCUUUUGUUUACUAUCAGAAAUCUAAGAACACAUUGUGGUUUGGAAGGGACCGUCUUGGAAGACGCUCAUUGCUUUACCAUCAAGAACAAGAACGGUUUAUACUUGCUAGUGUUAGUCAUGGCAAGGAGUUUCAAGAAGUACCACCAGGAUUUUAUGCAUUCAAUUUACAAGAUAAUCAUCCUUCUACUCCUAUCCAUCCUUUUCCUUCUGCAUUUGUACCCUUCCACUUGUUACCCUUAAGCAUUGAAAUUCCUAUUUCCUCGAGUAUUGAAACCCCUCUAGAAACCUUCUAUGCCCAAUUAUCAGAAUCGCUUAAAGACAGGGUUCUUACUAUACCAAGCAGUAAUGAAAGUUAUAACAAUAUUCAACAAACAAAGAUUAUAACCCCCCGUCUGGCGGUGCUCUACUCUGGCGGUGUCGAUUGCGGAGUUAUAGCACGCAUAAUUCAUGACAUUCUUCCUCCAAAUGAACCGAUUGAUUUGAUCAAUGUCGCUUUCGAAAAUCCUAGAUUCAUGGAUACUUUCGUUAAUGCCGAUGCUGCUGAUUGUUUUACCUCUAUACCAGACCCAUACAAUGUUUGUCCCGAUAGACAAACAGGGUUACAGGGGUGGAGCGAACUAAUGAACGUAUGUCCAGGUCGUAUUUGGAAUUUCAUUGCUGUAAACGUGCCUUACUCGGAGGCUUUAAAAAACAAGGAUCUUGUUACAAGCUUAAUAUACCCUAAUGAUUCUAUCAUGGACUUUUCUAUUGGCUUAGCGUUCUAUUUCGCUUCCAAAGGAGAGGGCGUGUUACUACAAUCUUUUGAUGACAUACAAAAAAAUCACAGCUGCUCGCCUUACAAAACCCCUGCCAAGGUAUUGUUUAGUGGUUUAGGAGCCGACGAACAAUUAGGUGGAUAUAUGAGGCAUCUCAGAGCUUUUGAAAGAAGAGGAAUGGAAGGCCUAGAUGAGGAACUUAAGCUCGAUAUCGAGAGAAUUCCCCAUAGAAACCUUGGUCGGGAUGAUAGAGUUAUGUCAAACCAAGGAAAAGAAGUACGAUAUCCUUUUUUGGACGAAAGACUUAUGGCUCUGUUAAGUAAAAUGCCUACUUCUUCAAAAAUGCGAUUGGACUUAGUGGGAGGUGAUAAACUUAUUUUACGAGAAUUGGCCAGAAAAUUACAAACUCCUUUAGUCGGCCAAGAAAAAAAAAGAGCCAUUCAAUUUGGAUCAAAAGCUGCCAAAAUGGAAUCGGGAACUGGUCGCACUUCAGGAAAAAAGAAGUUGUAAUCCAUUAAUAUAGCAAUAUGGUAAAAUACAUUCAUUCAUAUUCCUUAACCUUGCG